UAUUUACGUGUUUUCCACGCGAUGCUGUACCAGAAAAUUAUACGUACACGUUUAUUUUCAGCACAUUUCUCAUCGUUUCGGGCUUUUUUUUGUUGUUCAGCCGCUCUGACCGAUCACGCAAGAUCGGUUCGUGAGGAGCAGUAUCAGCGUACCGCGCAAGAUCGACAAAAUAUCGCGAACAGUUCCCGAUUACGAACACACGCUUAAGUCGGUGUGGACAUUACACUCCCGCAGACGAAGAUCAACCCCAACUGUAUAAGCAACAGCUGCUCGUGGGGAAAACAGUCAGUUUUUCAUACGCAUCCGGAACGAUAGUAUCUACGUUUUUGCGGUGGUGCUUAAUCGUUUGCCGGCACAGUAUCAAACGGUUCCCCGCACAGGAUCGUAACAGAAAGCAGUGCAGUGUGAAGAUUUUUGCAGUUUGCAGAAAACAAACAAACAUUUGCUGGAAGCACGAUAAGUGCGAUUGGUUUCAUCUUUUGGUUAGCUGAAACGGUUCAUCAUUGGUGCCAGCAACAGAAUGGACGAUUCCAUUGAUGAGGAGGUGAUUUCGGGUGGCUCUACCAUUACCGUCGAGUUCAGUGGUGGAGCGGAAACACUUUUCGGUGGUGUGAAAGAACACAUCGUACCAUUGGAUGGAUCAAAAAUAGUGCUGCUCGAGGAGAUGCUCCGUUGGUUGAGGGACAAUCGGCUGACGGGUGAUGUGAAUCUGUUCCUCCAGGAUAACACCGUCCGGCCAGGCAUCCUGGUCAUGAUUAACGAUACGGACUGGGAUCUGAUGGGUGAAACCGACUACAUCCUACAGCCUGGCGAUCAUAUUCUCUUCAUUUCCACCCUCCAUGGCGGAUAAGCACCAUGGUCGGAAAAGAUACCUGUGAUAAACUACUUCUACUUCUACUACUACUACUAAUACUGCAGAUAUCGCUGCUGCUAAUACUACCACUACUACUACUAUUGCUCGCUAUAGGCACAGAUAAGGGCGAGUUUGUUAAGAUUGGUUCUAGUGUUAAGAGUGGGCACACUCCUUUGACUCUUUUCCCCCCUCGCUUUUACUCACUCACGAUUCAUGCGCAAACGUACCCCGUACACAAAAACAAAGGACAAACAAGUAAUCCACCCAAAAAAAAAACGAUGAAGCGUAAAAUCAGCGACGAUGCUGAUAAUAGAAAGACGCCCGUUUUUCUAGUCAAGCAGCCGAGAAGGUUCGCGAGUUGUGCCGUGGUAUCGUGUCUGAUUUGCGAAUCGGAAGAGUGGUUUGAAUUUAUUUGUUCAACCAACAGCGAAACUGCAUGUGCGCUUGUGUACGAGGGUAUGCUAGAGCUAAUUGAUGAAAUGAUGUAAGCAUAAGGAAUACAAAAAAAAGCGGCGGGCAAGUAACAGAACACAAAAUUAACCCGUUUGAUUUUUUUGUUUUGUUUCGUCGGUUAAAGCUAAGCAGAUCACUGUACUUUCGUCUGCGCGGUGCGUGUCGUGUGUCGGUAUUGCGAAUUCCCACAACCUUUUUGGGGGGGGGGGGGGGGGGUGGAGUUUUUAUAUAUCGUUUUUAAUUUUGUUUAUGAUUAUCGUACUGAAGAAGAACGGAAAGCAUUAGGUGGAUACGAGCAGAAUUAAUGGAGAAAUAUAUACCAAUAUAAGUUGAUUA